AUGGGUCGCAUGAAACAGAAGGGAAAGGCCGGUGCCGCCAAGGCCUAUAUGACCCGUUCGGUGGCAAUGAAAAAACUGCAAUGCUCUCUCGCAGACUUUCGCCGGCUGUGCAUUCUCAAAGGUAUAUUCCCUCGCGAGCCGCGCAACCGGAAGCGUGCAAACAAGGGUUCUACUGCACCGGCAUCGUUCUACUAUGCCAAGGACAUAGCUUAUCUCGCACAUGAGCCUGUCUUGAAGAAACUUAGGGAACACAAAGCGUUUGCUAAGAAGCUGGCGCGAGCAUUGGGCAGAGGAGAAUGGAGCAGUGCGAAGAGUUUGGAGGAAAAUAAGCCGGUAUACCGCUUGGACCACAUCAUUAAAGAGAGGUAUCCAACAUUCGUUGAUGCUGUCCGUGACAUCGACGAUGCUCUGUGUAUGAUUUUCCUCUUCGCGUCACUACCGUCCGACGGUCGAGUCGCACCCUCCCUGAUCGAGAACUGUUCUCGUCUUGCUUCUGAGUGGCAGCUAUAUGUUAUGCACACUCAGGCUCUCCGAAAGACCUUUCUUUCCAUAAAAGGUGUCUAUUACCAAGCGGAGGUAAUGGACCAGACCGUUACGUGGCUUGUGCCAUACCAGUUCACCCAGAACAUUCCUCCAGAUGUCGAUGUUCGCGUCAUGCUGACAUUCUUGGAGUUAUACCAGACACUACUUGGCUUCGUGUUUUUCAAACUUUACACAGAUGUCGGGCUUGUCUAUCCUCCCCCUCGAGACACGGAGAAAGAUGACAGUGGAGCUGGAGUUGGUGCCUUCCGUCUCCAAGAGGCCACGUCUUCUCAGUCAACUGCGCCCAAAGGCAAGUCAGUCGAGGUCGAUGGCAAGCGAAUCUCCAGUAAAGAUGUCAGGCAAACGAUCAAAACCAUCGCCACCACCUCUGACGAUAACGUCGACGUUGAUAUGCCCGCUGCCGACUCCGCACCCAUCGAGGAGGAUGAGGAGGAGUUCGUUUCUCAUCCCUCUACAUCUAACCCCGAAGAAGCCGCCGCGUUGCCGACACUCAAAACUCUCGCAUCUCUCCCUCAAUCCGGCUCAUCAAAGUUAUUCGCGCCGUAUACGUUUUGGCUCUCGCGAGAAACGUCGCGCCCGAUCUUUGAAUUCAUCGUACGCUCGUUCGGUGGUCGCAUAGGCUGGCCUGCUUCGUCUGGCAGUGGCUCUCUCUUCGAUGAGACUGACGAGUCGAUAACGCACGUCAUCAUUGAUCGUCCUAUUGUGGAGACACCGCACCUGACAGAAGAGGAGAAGGAGAGAAGGAGACGACGGAAGUAUGUGCAACCCCAAUGGGUUGUUGAUUGUAUCAAUGCUGGAAAGAUCCUGCUCGAGGAGCCAUAUCUUCAGGGUCAGACUCUCCCUCCACAUCUCAGCCCCUUCGGCGAUCGUGCAGGGGCAUAUGAUCCAACUAUCGCACUCACUGGCCAGGACGCUACAAUGGAAGACGAAGAGGUAGAGGAAAAUGCGGUGGGCAGUGAGGCGGACGAGGAGGAUGCGGUGCCGCCAGAGCAGGCGGCUUUGAAGGCUGCGGCAUCAGCGGUGGAUGAAGCUGCUCUCAGAACAGCAGAGCUGCAAGCAGAAGCCGCUGGAAUAGACUAUGACACCUUUGAGCAGGAGGCGAAGAAGUCUAAGAAGAAAGCUAAAAAGGCGGUCGUCGAAGAGGAAGGCGAGGGUGAGCAGGAGAUGAACAAGAUGUUGAUGAGCAAUAAGCAGCGCAAGUUGUACGAGAGGAUGAAGUAUGGAGAGCGGAAGCGGGCAGUGGAGCGUCAAAAUUUGGAGCAAAAGAAGCGUACGCUCGAGAAGGCGAAAAAGCGACAAGCCAAGGCUUAA